AUGGGCAACAUUAUCUCCCUUGUAUCCACUUCGGCUCACACCAUCAAUGCCUUUGCGAAGCAAAGCAAAGAACUCCACGCUAAACUCACUGAUCUACAAGACCCGGCAAAGCUUGUGUUGGACACCGCCGGUGUCAUUGCCAAGACAUUGUCUUUUAAUGCGUGCUCUGAUUCGUUAUUCAAGGCCGUCAAAACACUUUCCGGGGGCCAGGCACAUGGCGAGCUCAUCAAGCUGGGUGGCCAGAUCCAGAAGAACGUGGAGCAAAUCUCCAACGGGGUUGAUUCUCUCAAUAAUCACCAAAACCAAAAAAGCCACAGCUUUCCUCAGCACGUUCACGACUUCAUCGCCUCCUGCUAUGAUGAAAACUCCGAAGCUGGUGAAGACGAGUACUUCUUCGUAUAUCAUCCUGGCACCGACUGGUACCCGGCCUUCAACCGCCUGUUGAAAGAAUAUCCACUUCCCAAGUUCUGUGGCACAUUUCACAGUAUUGGGGCAAUGUCAGUCUUCCUGGAAAAGUUCAGGCUGGUUAUUGGACCAGACCCUACGAUCAACAUUUUGGUCCCAGCUGUUCAUUUGUUCGUUGUACCGGAUGAGAUCGAAAUCCCAUCGGACUUGUUUCCUAUUCGCAUUAGAGGAGAGCUUCACCAAAGUGGUAACCCCUACGUCCACGUCAACAUAAGAAACAGUUCACCACUUCUGCGGGACUGCUUAUACAAUGUUGCGAACAUCAACAAGAUUAGCGCGACCAACAGUGACGCCAAAGCCGCAAACCGACAACAAAACGUUCAUGGCAACUGGCGCCGAAAGGUCUACUCGAUAUCGCGAGCAGCCGCAGUAGGCGCGCCUGCGGCUGCUAAGCAUAUGGCUACUUGCAGAGCGCUGAGUGGACUUCUCGCCACGCCCGCGGCUGUUGUCUGUCCUCCUUUGCUGGUCACAGUCGCUGUAGGAUGCGCUGUGGCUGCUCUUAGUUGCGGUGCUGUUGCAGGGAUCAAACCUGGUAAGGCGGCGAAAGAAGACGCCGAAAUUCAAUGGGACAGACGAUUCGGCGCGGAGAAGGGUAGUUUAUCUGGUCACAACCUGCUGGCAAAGAUGAAAGAAAAGAGGGGUAGUUUGUCUGGUCACAAUCUCCUGGCAAAGAUGAAGGAAAUUGAAUUCUGA